AUGGGGAGAAAACCACGAUCGGAACCCUAUGGCGCUUUUCGAGUUCGAAAUCAACUAACAUGGCCGACCCGGACGAUCUUUUCGGAGGAUUGUCAGAAAGCAGCAGCGAGGAAAGCGAAGAUGAAGUUGAAGACAUUCGCUUGUCCACCUCUCCCUUUGGGCCCGAACGCCACCACGGCGACGUCCAUGUCCGAUGAUCGGGUCCAAUUUCAACUAGGCAGCUCCCCGGAAACAGGGUCGAACCUUGAUGAUGGCGAUUCCCUACUGGAGCCGAAGGAAACGAGAAAGCGGAAAGCGUCACCGAUAAACACUGAACAAAAACGCGCAAAGAUCACCAACGUUGGCACUUCGUCCGACUUUCAUGCGGCUCUGACGAUGUUGGAUGAUCCUGAUGAUCAAUGCGCCCGAGAGCCAAUUAUUUACAUCGAUCCAGCAGCCCUUUCACUUGCGCCUACCGAUGAACCAUCCGAGUUUUCACAGCAUGCACUCGAAAAAGACGCGGCUGACUUGGAUGGAAAGCCCACCACAGAUGAUGCACCCUUUGCGAAUAUCAGCAUGGAUAAAGAAAUGAAAGCGAUUGCGCCAUCAACAUCAAAAAUUGUUACUCCAGAAAAAGAGGAAAUCAUUCUCCCAUUGCGGGAACUCGAUGAAGAGGAUGAAAAGCAGCGGUUAAAGAUGCAGGUAUUGAUUUCAAACUUUUCUCAAGAGCAGCUCAACCGAUAUGAGGCUUACCGACGAUCGACGUUUCCAAAAAGUGCAAUUAGAAGGCUAAUUCAACAAUAUACGGGUGUAAGUCCCGGGCAGCAGGUUGUGAUUGCGAUCGCUGGACUUGCAAAAGUUUUCGCCGGUGAGUUGAUAGAAGAAGCUCUUGAUUGCCAGAAAGCUGCCGAACAAACGUCCGAACCAUUGAAGCCACACCAUAUCCGCCAGGCCUACUACAGUCUUGAUCGAAAAGGAAAAUUGUACCCGCCAAAGGGGAGCCGAAAGAAUCCCCUAUUU